GAAGGCGCUCAGCGCUCAGAACGCAACCAGAGAAGAGAGACGCGCGAGGCGAGAACAACAUGAUCCAAGUCCUGAUCGGAGCCAAAAGGACAAGCGUGGGAUCUACAGGGGGGCCGAUACUACUGAGACAAAUUUAGAUUGGACUCUUGUGUUUUGCAGKUCAAUAAACUGCAUUAGUGCGGGAAUAUUCUGACAUUAAUAGAGAAUUACGCACGAAGCGCAACCAGCUUUUACGCGCAGACUUUUUGGAGAUGAGAGGCUCCCGUUUUGACCAGAAAAGUUGGAUUUUCAACAAUCUGAUAUGGGAUUUUGUAGCGAAAUCCUAAAAACUGCCCUGUUUUUUCUGGAUUUAUCUUUUACGGAAAUAGGAUGCAAAACCUUUGCGCACACGUUGACGAAGAUUUUAAAUUCCCUGCUUGGAUUGGCUUAUUAUUAGUCUCUGAACUGAUUUUGGACCUAGCCUGUUGAGAGUUUGUGCAUGCAGAGACUGACAUAUUGUGUGUCACGCCGCACGCGUUGCGCACUGCUCAAGCCUGUGAUAUAGGCUGCCCUUAAGUGAGUUUUCAAAACAAGAGUCAGAGCAGACGUCUGYCCCGCGUCGGAGUCAUCGAGAGCAAACAUUUGGACCAGCAGCUCUUACUGACAGUGACACAUUUUGGAGGAUACAUUUAAGCUACAGCAGGGAGUGCACUGCGACCAAAGCACGGGGGACGAGGCUCGGUUCGGCCGUGGGAUUGGACUCCUGGCUGCUCAAUGCCCAGCCGGUCGCUCGCGGCUCCACAGGCUGGGCAGAAACAUGAGGUCCUGGACCCUGCUGCUGCUGCUGCUGGCUGCGCUUUUAACGACCCGUCUGCGGCUCGGAAACGCUGAGGGCGAUCCACUCCCUUCAUCCCUGCUUGACCUGCUGCAAAACUCUCCCAUCUCCUCAGUGGAAGACCUGAAGCUGCUGCUGCAAUACGAGUCAAAUGCAAAAGGAGAUGAAGAGGAUGAACAUGAUGUCCUUCCAAACCCUGCCCAUGGACGAUAUACYAGAAGUCUUAUUGAGGCACAACUAGCUGAGCCAGCAGAAUGUAAAGUUCGAACUGAGGUGAUGGAAGUGACGAGAUCCAUGCACGAUCGCCACAAUGCCAACUUCAUGCUGUGGCCGUCGUGUGUGGAGGUGCAGCGAUGCUCGGGCUGCUGCAGCAACAGGCUACUGAACUGUGUCCCCUUAAUGACCUCCAGCAGAUACCUGAAGGUUUUAAAGAUCAUGUACGUCGAUCGGAAAGCCAAGUAUGAACAUGUCGUCAUCUCAGUGGAAGAUCAUGUCUCAUGCGUGUGCCAGUCUACUUCACAGAAGCCCCCCCCAUCCUCCUACGUUCCUGCGCCCCCUACCUGGCCUGUUCGCCCCACUUUGCCCAGAACUCACUCCUCCAAGGCCGACCUGCACCGCCAGGACAACCUGAAGCACAACCAGCAGCACCAGCUGCCGCAGGAGCACGAGGCGAGGCAGUGGCAGCAGGGCGGUUACACUCAGUUGUUGCGCUGGACGCAGCCUAGAGUGCAUCACACGCCCACCCACGCUCAGACGGUGACCGGGGCGGGCGGGUCGGUCAGCAGCUGGCCGUCCGAAGCCAGAGCAGAGCACGUCGUGAUGGGAGGCGUUCGGCAGGCGGGCCACGGGAGCGGCUUCGACAGGAGCCACGAGGAGACGGGUGGGGAGGAGGUGCACCGCCCUGAUCACGAGCAGAGGCUGCAGCAUCAGUAUCACCAGCAGSCUCAGCAUCCGCAGCGGGGCAACUACAAAGGAGAGGAGGAGCAGGAGCUGAGGACGUCCCAGCACUGGCUCAAAGCUCCCCAGUCUGACAGCGCUUCUCCGCCCGUCAGCCUGACCCAGCCGCCCAAAGUCGGAGGAAACCCCACCCCUUUUCCUUCUAUAACUCGAAAAGACUCAGUGACCAGCCAACUAUUUACAGAGGUUACUAAAGACACACAGACAGAGACUGGAAACGUUGGUCAAAAGGGGGGGAAUGAGAGGGAGGAAAGUGGGUCGGCCAUUAGUGGUGACUCGGCCGGGGCAGAACCGGCCAAUCAGGGGAGGAAUAGAGACUCUAAUGUGAGCAGAGAGGAUGGCUCUUUAACAGAAGAGGAGAGAAGACAGAAACUUCUGGAGAUGGUACAGAGUGAACCAGAAAAAACAUCUCUUCUUCAUCCGCAUCAUCGUCACCAUGACCAUCAUCACCGGCAGAGACCGAAGCCGACCACAUAUAAAACAGCGAUUUCCACCACAGCGCCCAGGUCGGCGGCAGCUCGUCAGACGCCCCUCCGACCUCCUCGCCGCAAGAGAAAACACCGCAAACGCAUGAGUAAAGCUGCUAUGAGAGCUAAGAUCAUGAAGGUGAGACAGAGGACAGAACUGGGCAGAAGAAAACAGAUGAGAGAGCCAUAAGGAAAUGGUAUAGCAGGCUAACCUGGAGUCUGAARCACUGCUCCGAUGUAAAAAUGGAAGCAGAAGGAAAGACGUGUUUCCUGAAGGUUGGAUUUCCAGACCUGCUGUUUUCAACAGACCCCUACACAGAAAGUUCACUUUCUGGCUCCAGAGACGCUACGCAGCAGCCCUCGCUCUGGAUUUGUUAAGUGCAAUCUUGUGAGCCCCUUCAGACUGAAGGAACGUUAUCACACUAAACAGUGGAUUUCACUCCUGCCAUUUGUUCCGACCACAAACAGCUUCGAAUGAGGAUUCAUGGAAACCUGUUUGGAGCUGUAAGAACGAGAGACAUGUGGCCAUUGAUUGGCUACUUUUAAGAUGUUCAACAAGUAACAUGGAGUUUGUUCAUGGAUUUGAACUGCACGAGGAGUCCAAGGUAAUAAACUGGAGAUAGAAAGAACUGGAUUUCCACACAUGAUAACAAGUGGAGACUGUAGAUCGCAGUUUAGGCCAUGAUAUCAAACAUUACUGUACCGUUACCCUCAAAUGUCUGAAACUAACAUCAUGUAACACUGGAGUAGCCGCACACUGAUCAUACUACACUGACUUUAGGGCAAUGUUCUGCUGUGUACUGUAGCUAACUAUACUGGAAAAUAUCAAUAACCUGCUCAAUGUUUACUACUGUCAGAUCAGAAUGAUGCUUCAAUAACGCGCUAUGAAUAUCUACAAGUCUUAAAGACCUGGUUUUCAGAGACUAAUGCAAGCCAGUUAUAGCCAAUGCUAAAUUGUACAAAAAAACAACAACAUACAAAGCUUUUAGAAAAUCAUUUCCAGGGGAAAAUUUUAUUUCUUAACUUAUUAAAAAAGAAAAGAAGAGGACGUACAGUCCUUUGGUUCUCAAGUGUAAUUAUUGUUGCAAAUAUGUAAGGUUCUAAUAUUUGGUUGUAAAACUGUUAAUGUAAUGAAUGUUAUUUUUAAUAUAAAAUAAAAAUGUGAAGAAUUA